AUGUCUGAAUCCACUUCUCAUGAUGCUCCACCGGUAUCGUCCCCGGGGGCCAAGCCUGCGACUCCGGUUAAAUUCGAGCCCACAGUCUGGGAUAUCAUACCGGCUAAAUUCAACUUUAACAAGGACCUUGAGGUCGAGAAGCCUUCCUCCGUUUCAGACAGGGGAUUUGACCCAAUGGGUUUGCCUAAGGGCUCGGUAGCAACCAGAUCGGAGUCGGGGACUGCCCCUCCGGCAUCGGCGCCCGAAUUCGACACAGCGGGUUCCUCCCGUGUCCUCUCCGAAGCUGCAAAAAGAAAGCGACCCUCCAAAAAGAUGCAGACGCCGAAAAGGAAGAAGGCAAGGAGUGUUGCUCGCCCUUCGAGGGAAGAGACAGAGCCCGACAUCAUUGUUCGGAGAGUCGGAUCCGUUCCCACCGUGGCUUCAAUACUGGAGGAGGCGGUAUCCAUUCCGCCCCUUCCUUCCAUCGACGAGGGUCUCUUGAUUCCUGCUCCACGUUCAGGUGCGGAAGAAAUGCUUUCACCAGCUCUUCUUGGGUCGAUUGACUUUGUCGACAUUUCAGGUGAAACUUCUUCGGAAGACGCUCCCCUGCAAAGAAAGACGCCCGGGGAAGCGAUUGCCGUUGAAGCCGAUAAAGGGGUCGCCCCGGUACCGGAGAGCGAAGCCCCCACGGGCGCUCGCCCGUCCCCCGAGCACGAGCCUGCUACAAUUGUGGAGCCCUCGGCCUUUGCCGAAAAUAUUGAAGCUGCUCCAAGUUCAUCUACCCCGGUUCUGCGGAGUGUGGUGCUUGUUAAUGAAGCUUUCAUCCGUGCCCAACAUAAGAUAGACGAUCUUCGAGGCCACUUGGACGCCCAAGGCCGAGAAACGGAGAAAUAUCGGCAUCUCCUUCAGGAGAAGGAGGAAGAGUUAAAUCGGGCGGCCGUGUUGGCCAACCUUCGGCCUGAGCUCGAUGCGGCUAAGGACGAAAACCGUCGUUUGAAGAGUGAGUUGGCCGCUAUGACUGACUAUAACCGGAGCCUCGAGGCUGAAAAGAUCGGCCUUAGCCGGGAUAAAGCCCAAUUUUCUUCGAGGCUAGAUGAGUUGGAGACCACGGUUUCUCGACUCCGGGGGGAGCUGGACUCGGUGAAUGCUGAUGCAACAACCCUGACCGAGAGGAACCGGCGGCUCGAGUCCGAGGCCGCUUUGUCCGACGAACGCAUGAGGGUGUUCGAAGAGAAAGCAGAGGAGCGAUCUCGGGUGUGCCAAGGCCUAAGAACCGAGCUCGAGGAGGCGGCUAUCGCCAACAAUUCCCUUAAGGCUGAAUUGGAUGCAGCAACCGCUGUUGAUCUGUUCUAG